AUGUUCGUAGUCGUCCCAGAUCUGGCCUGCACUUUUCGGAAAACAAUACUCAGACUCGUGAACUCAGCAACUAAGCGACAGCUAGGAACCCUGGAUCCAUACUCACUCUCGGAAUUUAUAAGUUGCAGUAAAGUCUCGCCCGCCACUCUAGUGACAGCUCUAAUAUUCGUUGAGAAAUUCAAAAACCUGAACCCGAAACCACGGCUCUUCUCGGAGAUUACCGCAACCGAACUUCUCAUCGUUGCAACGAUGGCGGCUUCUAAGUACCUUCAUGACACGGAUACCGAAGAGGCAUUCUGCAACGUCGACUGGGCGACGGAAUUCAAUCUCGAAUUGAAGUCACUAAAUCGCCUGGAAGUUCGAUUUCUGUACUCGCUCGAUUGGUGCCUCUUUGUAUCAAAGGCAGAGUUUGCCACGUUUGUGUCCCGGUACCUCUCAAUAAAAACCUGUCAGGCACAUUCCAGUAACAGACCUCCUAUUGCCCAUGAGGGUCGCAAUGCUAGCUCAACGACCAUUCCAGAGGCCUGCGCGAAAUCGAGAACAACUGCUAAUUGUCAUUUUCCCAGCGGACUUAAUCCUAAGUGGCCUCUAGCGAAGGCUGUAACAGUCUUUGCAGCAGCUUUCUUGGCUGUUUCACAGCCGCCAACCUCUACCAUCGUCACCGGUCCGUCUGCUGACCCGCACAACGAUUUUGACCAGCUGACCACCUCUGCUCGCCUUGUGACUUCGCAGUUGUCAGCCCUUGUUGGUUUCCACACCGACAGCAACCAAAACCAUCCGAAUUUUUUGCCACAGCAACUAUCUAUGCCAAACAGUUCCUUCUCCGACGAAUCUCUCAUCCUCGACGUCCUCUUUCAUCGUGGAUCGACCUGUUCUCACCCUUCGUCUGCAUUUGCUUCACACGACCAGUCUCGUUGCCAAAAUGAUGCGUUCCUUUUGCCCCCUGUUGGUGUGAGAUAA